UCAAAAGCGUAAUGUAACAUAAUUAUAUUUUUAUCCUGUGAAGAAGUUCUGUUAUUUCAAGUCAACAUGUAUUUAAAUAAUUUUAAAAUAUUAUUGUUGGUAGGAAUAGUAAUGUUGAUCGCAGUUUCACCAUCCAGUACAACUGACUAUAGCAUGUGUCCUGAAACCAGCCACCAACGAUCCCUAAUUUACCACAACACACUAACCGGAGAAUUUAUCUAUGUACGCAUUCCAGGCUCGGGUUUCUUUAAUGCUUCAAUCAAUUGCCUUCAGAUAAUCGAUAUGAAUGAAAGUUUUAGUACAUCAGUUAUAGAAGAAGGUGGAUAUGGAAAGGGGUAUGUAGGUUUACGUAUUGAUCCUGUUCAACCAGAAGAGCAGGUGCAGUACGAUGUUCAGAUUUAUGUUGACCAAUAAUUUAAUUAUCUAUUAAAUAAACUUUUGGGUCUGUA